UUACUAUACUAUACUACUGGCCGGAUCAGCUCCGGCCGGCCGGCAUAUGCAUGUAAAUAAAAACUAAACACGACGUACAGUUGAUGGGCGGAAAAGAAUUAGUGAUGCCGCCGCCGCAGGCAGCAGGCGGCCGUUUGAAGAGAGGGUUUUGGAGCGCAGAAGAGGAUGUGCUUCUCAAGAAAUGCGUGGAGACACACGGGGAAGCUAAUUGGGCUACCAUCUCUACCCAAUCAGGUUUGAUGAGAAGCGGUAAGAGCUGCAGGCUGAGAUGGAAAAACUACUUAAGGCCAAACAUAAAGCGCGGGAUGAUGUCCCCGGACGAAAAGGAUCUCAUCAUCCGAAUGCAUAAACUUCUGGGCAACAGAUGGUCGCUGAUUGCAGGUAGACUCCCUGGCCGAACGGACAAUGAAGUUAAGAAUUUCUGGAACACGCAUCUCAACAACAGGUCAUGUCCAAGGAGGAGAUCAAUGAAGAAGACAUCAUUGCAGCUGCCGCAGGUGGUGGACGAUCGGCCAGAUCAUGACAUUAAUAAUAUCAUGAUUUCAUCAUCAUCACCACCACCCGCACCUAAUAAUAAUAACAAUAAUAAUAAUAAUUCCAUCACCACUACAACAGCUGGCCUGCAGGGCUGCUGCUGCAGAGAGAUGAUGAACCCUGCAGCAAACAAAACGGAAUUAAUAAAGCCUAGCGGCCCAAGAGAAGAAGAGGAAGAAAAGGAAUUGAUGGUAAUGGAUUUAUGGAUGCAGAUGGAACAUAUGGAUAAUAAGCAGUGCGGCAACACAUCAUCGUAUUCAUCUAUGACGACGACAAACUACUACAACUUCUUGCCGCCGCCGCCGCCUCUUAUGAUGUUUGAAGCCGCCGGGGGCGACCCUCCUCUGAUUUCCAUCAGCUGGGAUGACGACAUAUUGUUUGAUGAAACGUAUAGUACCAGUUUGCUUCAUAGUAUCCCAGGCACUGCAGCCUACAUAUGACUAGCUAGCUGCUAGCUACCUAGCUGCUAGUAUAUAAUUAAUGUAUGCAUGGGAAUAUCCGGCCUAGCUAUAUAUGCAUGCAUGGCGUCGUAGUCGGCAUUCAUUGCAUGAUCGGGGAUUGAGUUUCGUGCCUGAGCUGGUGCUUCAUUAUAUUCAUCAGUACUUCAACGUGUAGGCCGGUGUGCAUGACACCAGCUUCGUUCCGAAACCAUUCUAUUCCGCAUGCAUGCAUGUAACGUACUUACCUGCUACCUAUUCUCAUGUUGACAUUCUCAUUUUGCCACUGCUAUAUUUUUAUCACAUUGUCACAUUUUUCCUCAUACUAUAAUAUAUUGUCAAUGAUGUGUUUUUCAUUACAAAUUAAACAUGGUACUCCAUAUUUUAUUUAUUC